GUUCCAUGAGUCUUUAAGAACUUUGUGAAAACGUCGCUCGCGAUUUUUUUAAUAAAAUAAAUAGAAAAUUAACACAUUAAAAAUUAAAUAUAGCAAAAAAUGCAAAAGUUUACAGUUUAUUAUGUGUUUGCUAUGAAAAAAAUCCUGUAGUUUAUGUAAAAGCACAAAAAAAUAAUAAAAACAUAAAUUCCGGAACAGUCGCGAAAUUCGGAGGACUUAAUUCAUUUAUUUUAUAUCAGUUUAUCUACUUAUAUAGAAAAGAAUACAAAAGAAAAUACACAUUCUGUAAAAGAUCUAACUUUUUGAGUUAGUAGAGUUCCUAGAUUAAGAAGAAAGUGUAAAAAAAUUAAUAUAAUCAUGGGUUGCAUCAAUUCAAAAAAUCAAAAGGAAGCAAUCACAAGGAGUAAACAAAUCGACAGAAUUUUAAGAGCUGAUGGCGAAAAAUUAACAUCAGAAGUAAAGCUCUUAUUGCUAGGUGCUGGUGAAUCGGGAAAGUCAACAAUUGUGAAGCAAAUGAAAAUUAUUCACGAGACGGGAUAUUCGUUGGAAGAAUGUGAACAAUAUCGACCAGUCGUGUAUAGCAACACAAUUCAGAGCCUUAUGGCGAUCAUUCGUGCAAUGGGUCAGCUUCGAAUUGACUUUGCUGAUCCACAAAAGACGGAUGUAGCUAGACAGUUUUUCACAUACGCUUCAGCAGCCGAAGAAGGUGAACUUACACCCGAGCUUGUUAAUUUGAUGAAGAAACUUUGGGCGGAUCCCGGUGUACAACAAUGUUUCUCACGUUCACGAGAAUAUCAACUCAAUGAUUCAGCUGCUUAUUAUUUAAAUUCUUUGGAUCGCAUUGCACAACCAAGUUACGUGCCAACACAACAAGAUGUUUUAAGAACGCGAGUUAAAACAACUGGAAUUGUUGAGACGCACUUCAGUUUCAAAGGAUUGCACUUUAAAAUGUUUGAUGUCGGAGGACAACGAUCGGAACGUAAAAAAUGGAUUCAUUGCUUUGAAGGUGUUACAGCAAUAAUUUUCUGUGUAGCUUUGUCAGGCUACGAUCUCGUGCUUGCUGAAGAUGAAGAAAUGAAUCGAAUGAUUGAGUCAAUGAAGCUUUUUGAUUCAAUUUGUAAUUCGAAAUGGUUUGUUGAAACAUCAAUCAUUCUAUUUCUGAAUAAAAAGGAUUUAUUCGAAGAGAAAAUUCAACGAUCGCCAUUAACUAUUUGUUUUCCAGAGUACACAGGUUCCAACACGUACGAGGAAGCUUCUAGCUAUAUAAGAAUGAAAUUUGAGAAUCUCAAUAAAAGGAAAGAUCAAAAAGAGAUUUACACGCACCUUACAUGCGCCACCGAUACGAACAACAUUCAAUUUGUCUUUGAUGCCGUUACUGACGUAAUCAUAAAGAAUAAUCUAAAAGAUUGUGGACUAUUCUAAAGACCGAAUGCACAAUUUGAUGAUUCUUUUGGGAAAAUUGUGCUUUUCUUUACUUUUCAAUCAUAAAAAGCGAUUCAUUCCCAUCUCAGACGUUCACAUUUUCUUUUCACAAAAAUCCCAUUUAAAGUAAAACAAGUUACAAGUUAAGUUUAAGGUCAAGUAGUUGAUUCCAUCGAUAUUCCUUUUUUCUCACUUCUUUUCAUGCAAAUGAUGGACGACAAAGUAAAAUGUAAGAUGAUUUACAUAAUAACAAAUGAAAUAAUAUUCUCAGAAAGCACGAUUAAAAUUUAGCUAGGAAAGAUUUGUUGUAAGGGAAAUGCUUUCAUAAAAGAUUCAUAUCAGUCAGUGUCAGCUUAUCGUCGUUUGCACUUUAAAUUAUUAUGUUUAAGAUGUAAGGAGCAUAAUUCAUUUCUAUAUACGUCUUUCCUACGUUUUUUCUAUUUUUACGUACGAAAUUGGGUAGAGUCGUACGUUGAAAAUACGUACGUGACAUUAAUAAUGCAACGUAAAUCUUAACUUGAAAAUAAAUCUUUUCCAACAAGCAUGUCACAAAUGAACAAAAGAAAAGAAAAUCUUCAUGUGAAGAAAUUCAAUGACAUCAUAUUGACAUUUUCAGAAAAAAAUUGAUAAGCAAACAGUCUGAAUCAUAAAAAAGAAUUUAAUGAAUCCCUUAAAUGGAUUGAAGAAAUUAAAUAAAUUUCCCUAGAUGAUAAAACCAAUUUCUAGGUAAGAAAAUGAUUAAAUAGUUGAUGAGUUGUGGGAGAAGAUUGUCAAUUCAACAAGUACGCCUUCUACUCUGUUCUAUUUUAAUUACUAAUAUUUACGAUUUAUUGUGAUAAAUUAGAUUUAUUUCUUCUUUUCCUACACUUAUUCUGAGUGAAGCGAAUUUUCAUGAGCAUAAAGUUUUUUUUCUUUCUAAAAUGACAAAAACAAGUCAAUUUAAUUGAAGACCUUUAGAAAGGUCAUCCAGACCAGUUAUGAAUGAAGUUUUGAUCGGAAUUGAGUCAUCUCUAUGUUACGCUUCCUACUCAUGACAAAAAAUAUUGAAGAAAAGUUCAAAGCAUCAAGCAAAUUAAGAAAUUUAAUUGAGCGUAUGAAUGUCGGUGCGAGAUCCAGAAAAAAACAAUAUCGGAAGAAUUUUUUUUUCUUAUUAAAUAUUGCGAGGAACUUCAUAUCAUGAAUGCCACCCACGCACAAUCAGUAAUAAUAUUCAUCAUGAAAUUCUCAUCGUCACACGUAAACGAAAUUUCUUUAGUCAUUAUAUCGGAAAUCUAUUCACGGGCUUAAGAAAAGAUUUCCUUUUCAGUUGGUGAACCUGUUUACUUGAAAAUGGAAAGGCACGGAAACAUUUAUUUUUCUUUCUGAAAGGAAACCAAAUACGCAACAUAUUUCUUCAACCGCAGAUAUAACAAAGAAACGAAUGAAAACAUUUUUCCAAGAAGACUGACGAGAUUUUCAUUUUUUGCGAGCAAAACACAUUAAUAAAAUAAUGAAAAAAACAAAAUUUUGGAGACAACAGCAAUGUGUCUGCUCUUUUUGAUAUUGAAUUUCAGAUUUCAGACAAGAAAUGUCAUGAGAAAAAAAGUAAAAGUAUUAAAUUAUCAUUUCCAUUUACACUCAACAUUCAAAACAAUAAAAGAAGGUGAAAAGAAUAGUGAAGAAAUCUGCCAAUAUCAUUGUAAAUCUGUGUCAAAAGCUUUUAGAAAUAAGCUUUCAUAACAUAAAAUGAAUAAAUAUGUUGAUAGACAUUAAAGACAUGUUAAUUAUGAGAUUUCGUUUCAUGUUUGUAAAUUGUAAGAUGAACUUUUGGAUGAAAUGAAAGGAAAAAGAAAACAUUUUUCAAGAGAGAAUUUAUAAAUUAAUGUUCAUGAAAUGCAAACGAUAUAAAUGUUGAGAAAUUAUUCCACGUUUACAAUAAGACUAUCAUCAUGUAUUUUUAUCAACAUUUGUUUCGCCUAUCAACGUUUUAUGCUGAUUGUGACAUUGAAAGGUUUUUUAAAUUGAUGAAACUUGAAACUAAAAUUCUCAUCAAGUAAAUAAAUAAUUAAUAAUAAUAACGAAACGCUGCAAAAUGACAACAGCAUUAAUAAAUCAACAUUACUCAUCGAAAUAUGCUAAAGUUGAGAAUAAAACAAACGAGCAUUUUUUCGAUGUUUGUUUUUAAGCUGAAAGUUCAAGUUUUUUGCGAUAAGAAACAAGAAAAAGAAAAUAUUUUGAUACAUGUUGAUUUUACACACAGAAAAAAAGAGGAGAUACAGAAUUUUUAUUAUCGACAAUGAUUGUAAGGAUAUGACGAUUUUAUGAAGAUGAUGAUAACAUAGAAAUGGAAAUUUUAAAUAUAUAUAGAUGUAUUGCAGCUAAUUAUUAUUGAGAACGCUC